ACCCAUCUCCAUUCUUUUCAGCUCACACACAAACAAACUCAAAUCAUCUAACAUGAUGAAGCUCCGGUCUAAGAGGUUCUGCACAGCCUCCACUUUCAGGUUUCCAAGCUUCGUCACCAGCUGCAACAAGAAGAUCAAAGUCGCCGACGACGACCACCGCAACCACGCCGUCCCCCUCUCGGAAAUCAAGUGGGAGCUCCGUCCCGGUGGCAUGCUCGUCCAGAGAAGAGAGAUCCCCGCCCCACCCACUUUCACCCAAGAUCAAACCAUCACGGUUAGAGUCUCAACCGUCUCCCAAUUCCACGACAUUUUUGUCCAACCCACCUCAACUUUUGGAGAAUUGAAGAUGAUUCUAUCAAUGGUGACUGGUUUGGAAGCAAGAGAGCAAAGAUUGCUGUUCAAAGGGAAGGAAAGAGAUGACUGUGAAUAUCUACACAUGGUGGGAGUAGGAGACAAAGACAAGGUUCUUCUACUUGAAGAUCCAGCCAUCACAGAAAGGAAGCUUCAUGGCAUGGCAGCAUCCCAACCAAUUAGUGUAUAAUUAAUCACACUAAUCCUAAUUAAUCCCAAACUAAACAUGCUUUUUCAUACCACUGACUCCGAGAAUUUCUAACGCCUUAAUUUCUCGUAUGUUUUUAGGACUCCGUUCUUGCAUUAUAGAAGAAUUUGUAAGGAUCGAGUGUCUCGAA